ACGUGUAUGCUUAUACAAAGAUUUCUUCAUUAGAAAAGUGUUUUAUAUCUUGAACUUUUAGCACUUUUAACGAGCUGCUUUGGUACGCAAAUUUAAUCGUUUGCUGUUAACCUACAUGUACCUAAACAUAUGUGUAUAUAUUCUAUCAGAAACUUACCAUAGCGUUUAAACUAAUUUUGGCUUUAAUACUCAACGUAUUUUUUCUAUUUGGUACGCGCGAUGUAAUCAAGUACUUAAAUUAAAUUAAUGACCCUUAUGAUAUCAGUUCAGAGGUGGUCAUACAGUUUGAUUUUUUUGAAGCUACAACGAACGUAUAUUUCUAUUGCAGUUCUUGUAAAGGAUUGAUCUUGAAUAUCAAUGACUGAUAUCAUUUAAGACAAACAAGAAACGUGUUCGAAAAUCAUCAUGCCCGUUGGUGGGAGUGUAUACCGUUGUCUGUGGUUACUUCUGGCUUAUACUCACUUGUCCUUCUGCUGGCUGAAGUGUAACAACGAGGACCAACCGACUCAUACCCUGAACCAAACACUCAGCUUCCUAAACGAGACGUUGUUGGAUAUUUGCCGGCCUGGUGCAUAUAAUCUGUCAGCAGCCGACAACACCAUCCGCUCACUUACAGAAAUGUCCUUCAAGAAGAAUUCUGGUCUAUGUGUGUUUUAUAAUCUGAAAGGACUUUAUUUGACGAACAAUAACAUUGACAGUAUUGACGAUGGGACAUUUUCUUGUUUCCGACGGUUGAAAACACUGGAUCUGAGUUAUAACAAUAUGGUGACUCUUCCUCACGGUAUAUUCGAUGAUUUGUAUUACCUUGACGUGUUGGACCUUUCUUACAACUCAAUACAGGACAUAGACAGUUCAGUCUUUGGGCAUAACAAAUUAAUCUCCCUGACCGAAGUUUAUUUGCAAAGCAACAAACUUCAUACAUUCGAGCCAUGGGCUUACGUGUUACAGAAAAUCGUAAUAUUUGACCUUCAAAACAAUAGCAUUUCGAACUUCAGUAAUACCAUUGGAUGGAAAUUUGACUUGACAGAAUCGUCUCUCGCUAUGGUUAAUCUGAGGGACAACAAAAUGACGGACUGGCGGGAUGACUUCUUACUUCAGUACCACCCUAGCGGCGAUGUUGCCGUCGACAUCCAAUCGUAUAAAAUCGACUUCCGGAACAACCCAUGGAAUUGUGACUGUCACGUGCACAACAUCGUGAGCAAGUUCCAGAGUUCGUUUUAUAUGCACGUUAGGGGUGAGUUGUUACAGAUGAAGUGUAAGACACCAUACCAACUCUAUAACGAGGACAUGAUGUAUAUACCGAGACUGAAAGAACUGGUGUGCAAUAUAACAACAGAUUGUCCCGAAAGCUGUCUUUGUCAAAAACAGCCAGAAAAUCAGAUUUUAAUUGUCGACUGUAGCAGAAGAGGAUUUAGGUCACUGCCCUUACAACUACCCCCGCUGUCACCUAACUACACAUACGUAUUGAACUUCAGUUACAAUAGUAUCGCACAGGUAACAAAAAGGAGUUAUAUGCAUGCAAUUCAGAUUCUUGACAUGCAAGGGAACAGUCUACAGGAGAUAGAAUUAUUGGCAAUCAGCGAAACGCGUAAUUUAAAAUUUAUAGAUUUAAAGAACAAUUAUCUGAAAUCGAUACCCAACACAAUGCAGAAGAUAGUUUUCGAGAAGACAGAUUUGGGCAAUAACCCGUUUGUCUGUAGUUGUGAUAUGACCUGGAUGGCGGAAUGGAUAAAGCGGUCACCAGUUGACACACGGGGACGUGACAUGAAAUGCACUUUCGAGGAAGAAGAACAAUUCGCUAUCAUGCAAGUUACCAACAGUCUCCUAGAUUGUUCGUACGAUCUAGUUAUAGGACUGGCGGUAGGCUUCGGCGUCCUACUAGUGGUGGUGGUUGUUAUAGUGGUGUGGGCUAAACAAUGUCCGUACGAAACAAAGGUCCUGCUAUAUCGGUUCUUUGGUUUUCAUCCCAGAGAUAGAUACAUUGUUGACAAAGAGGUUGGAACAGAAAGCGAUAUCUACGUGUCCUUCGACGACGAAAAUAUCCACAUAAGACAAUGGGUAUUGAUGAAGCUGGCUGCUAAACUAGAGCCUACUUACAAGAUGUUCAUUCCCAUACGCGAUCUUCCUGUCGGGAAUGAUAGGGCCGAGGAAACGAUAACACAUUUGGAACGGAGUAAGAGGAUAAUCAUCGUUCUAUCGGACAGGUACGACAAACACGAAUGGUGCGCGUUUGAGUGUCAGAGAGCAGAAAUACUCGAUUUUAACGAGGGCAGAAUCAUUUACAUAAAAUAUCACGACAGCGUCGCUGAACUACUUAACGAAGAACCAUGGAGGUCGAGAGUUAAAAACAGAAAGAUGUUUUCUCCAGGAGGAAUGAAAUCAGAAAAGCGCUUGUUUUGGGAUAAACUAAAAUACGAACUUCCUAUAGUAUUGAAAAAAGACAGGAACUAUUAUUGUGCUGUUUAACAAUUACCGUAAAAGAUAUAUUUCCUUCGUUCGCUUAUCAUAUAAAUGGUAAUGCUUUCCUUUGGAAGACAAUGCAUCAAGCUGUGCGUUUAACAUUUAGUAUGAAUCUGUACCUUUAAAUGAAUCUUUUAUAU